GAUUUUGGGGGAUGAGGAACCUAACACUUGAAGGAAAGAUUCUUAUAAUCAAAGCAGUGAUUUUACCAGUGCUUUUACUCACCAGUUCUGUUUUUAUUCCUCCCAGGAGAGUGAUUUUAGAGCUGCAACGAGACAUUUUUUACUUCAUCUGGGACUCCAAAUGGGAGAGGAUAAGAAGAGAAAUCAUGACAAAACCAAAGGAUAAAGGAGGAAAAGGAGUCCCAGAUCUUUACUUGUUUUUAGGCAGCUACUACACAAGCAUUCAUUUUAAACUGGCACUGAACACAUCCCCAGAUAUCAAAACAAGCAAGAUGAGCAGAUUUUGGAUGGGGUCCUAUCUGAGAAAAUUAAAAUUGAUUCAAAGUGAUCUAAAAACACCUGUUGCUUUUAACCUCCCACCGGCAUAUGCUUUUAUACAGAAAUUUUUAGAACAUUUUAAAUUGGAGGGAGAGGAGAGCAGGAUUUUAACCAACCAUCGUUUUAUCAUUUCUGUUGUGCAGGAGCGGGAACCAGUGACCCCAGUGCGAGGCCUCCUACGAGGAGAUGCCUCCACGGUUUGGCGCAACGUGAGCCUUCCUGUCCUUCCAAACAGACUUCAGGACCUGUCAUGGAUGGUGGCUCAUGGGAUUCUCCCGGUCAGAGCCGUCAUGCACUCCCGCGGCAUGUCUGUAUCGUCCAUCUGCCCCCGACCCGGUUGUGGCGCGCCGGAGUCGGUGAGGCAUCUGCUGUGGGAGUGCAGUGCUGCUAGGGACCUGUGGACGGAGGCCGGCUCCUCGCAGUUCCCACACUUGCCAGCAAGGGAGGUCCUCGACUUACAGCUAGUGCUGUAUGGGGUGAGCCAUCGGACCUUUACGAAAAAGGACUUUGAGGAGAUGUGGCUCACCCUCGCCACCAUAAAAGACGCCAUCUGGACCUCCAGAAACUUGCUGGUAAGCAGGCGCAGGCAGAUUCCCCCCGAGGCUGUGAUCCGAAUGGCGGCAGCAAGAAGAACAACAUCAAGAGCUGCAGGUGGCACGCCAAGGACACAGCCUCAAAGAAGCAUCGUCUGCGCCUCCGUGAAGAGAGGAGUCGGCGUUUCACAGAUGAGGGUCCCGGCAGCAGCGGCCUGGCUCUCCGGGAGAGGCAGGCGGGAAGGAGCAGUAGGGGGGGAUCCCCUCUGA